AUUAUAUUCCAAACUUAGUUUGAACUCAGAGCGUGCGGCGAGCGGUACGGUUCGGUCCAUCCGGUAUUUCGUAGUUUUUUUCUUCGCCUUCCUUAAAAAACCUAAGGCCAGACGUUCGCUUUCUUGAAUACCAGACCCAACCCAUUCAAUUCGAAAAGAUGCCACUGCCGGGAACAUAAUAGAACCACGUGUGUUAAAUACCUUAUCGGUCUUGAAUAUACAGCCCCUGACAAAUGUGUGCGUUUGUGUACUGAAGAGCACUGGAAUAAGUGAAGCGCCGAACAAAACAGAACUGAAAUCGAAAAACAACAGAAAAACCAUGUGGACUGAAAUGAACUGAACUGUAUUUGAAGCUCCACGCUGGCACAAAGAGUGUGCUGAUAAAAAAAACCGAGAAAAGUACAAGAAAACCCCGAUAAAAGCAAUGGACUUAUGUACAUAAAAUCCAACCACAAUAAAUCGCUAAAGUUACCCUAAAAAAUAUAUAUCCUAAAGGGUUCUAAAAACAAACCAUACCCACACAAAAAAAAACCUGAUACGUUCUGAAAAAUGGCGCGAGUACAGGCCAGCGACACCCUGAUACCCCGCCAGGUGUUCGAGGUUCCUACGACGGAACCCAAUAAUUCCGCGGCGGACAGCGGGAGCCAGGGUUCCGGAGUGAAGCUGAAGAAACAGAUCGGCCUGCUGGACGGAGUGGCCAUCAUCGUGGGCGUAAUCGUAGGAUCUGGAAUCUUUGUGAGUCCCAAGGGAGUACUGAAGCACUCCGGUUCUAUCGGACAGUCCCUCAUCGUCUGGGUCCUCAGCGGUGUACUCAGCAUGGUGGGAGCCCUGUGCUACGCGGAAUUGGGCACGAUGAUACCCAAAUCGGGAGGAGAUUACGCAUAUAUAGGUACUGCAUUUGGCCCCCUGCCUGCGUUCCUUUAUCUGUGGGUGGCCCUGCUGAUUCUGGUGCCCACGGGUAAUGCCAUCACGGCAUUAACCUUUGCCCAAUACCUGCUGAAACCCUUCUGGCCGUCCUGCGAAGCGCCAAUCGAAGCUGUUCAGCUGCUGGCAGCUGCCAUGAUAUGUGUGCUGACGCUUAUCAACUGCUAUAAUGUGAAGUGGGUUACACGUGUGACGGACAUUUUUACGGGCACCAAGGUACUAGCCCUGCUGGUGAUCGUCGGCGCCGGAGUCUGGUGGUUGGUCAGUGGAAACACAGAGCUUUGGGACAAACCCUUCUCUGGUGGCCAUCAGAAUCCCGGCUAUAUAGCCUUGGCCUUUUAUAGCGGUCUCUUUUCAUACUCCGGUUGGAACUACCUUAAUUUUGUGACGGAGGAGCUGAAGGAUCCCUACCGAAAUCUUCCCAAAGCCAUAUGUAUCUCCAUGCCGGUGGUCACGAUCAUCUACAUGAUCACGAACAUUGCAUACUUUUCGGUGCUGUCUCCGGACGAGAUUCUGUCGUCGGAUGCAGUGGCGGUCACCUUCGGAGACAAGAUGCUGGGCGUUUUGUCCUGGAUUAUGCCAUUCGCAGUGGCCUGCUCUACUUUUGGAUCAUUGAAUGGAGCGAUCUUUGCCUCAUCCCGACUCUUCUUCGUGGGAGCAAGAAAUGGUCAUCUGCCGGCAGCCAUUUCGCUGAUCAACGUUAAUUGCCUGACGCCUGUGCCUUCGCUGAUAUUCCUGGGUCUGCUAACCUUGCUACUUCUCUUCAUCAAGGACAUUUAUGUGCUGAUCAAUUACGUUAGCUAUGUGGAGGCGUUGUUCACGCUGAUCUCGGUAUCCGGACUGCUGUGGAUGCGUUAUAAACAACCCAAGACGGAGCGACCCAUCAAAGUCAAUUUAGUGCUGCCCAUCAUCUACCUUAUCGUCUGCCUGUUCCUUGUGAUCUCCUCGUGCAAGCAGGAGCCCUUCGUUGUGGGAUUGGGAACAAUCAUUAUACUGUCUGGUAUUCCAGUCUACUAUCUGACAAUUCACAAUCCGGUCAAAUGGCUGGCGGACACCUCGCAGGCCAUCAAUCUGUGGUGCUCCAAGUUCUUCAUCUGUAUGCCCAACCAGGAGAAGUUUGACUAGAAACGCAGGACUCUACGAUUUAACGGAGGGAGUGCCUUUUGUCGAUGUAUCGAUCAAUCAA